GUUUUCUAGUUUUAACGUACGAUUUUCUCCUCGAAUCGAAUUCCGUAAUUCAACUUUCUUAUUCUUUUUCAUCGUUCCGCAAUUGGCGAAUCAGGUGCGCUCCGCAUUGCAGAGGAAGAGAUUGCCGAUAUCGGAGUGCUUGUCUUAUAAUCGAACCGUCGAGCCAUAGAACCACGUCAGUACGCGUCUCUUCCGCAAGUUGGUUCGACAGAUAGCCAGUGGAUUUACGUCCGUAGUUUGAACGCUCCCACAUAACCUCUCAUCUGGCGACAUGAGAAAUAGUUCUAAUAAGUCCGUGUUUUUUAAAAUGUCUCCGAUGUCUAACACGGAAGAUGGAAAGACAGAGAUUAGUGACAGCCCUGUAGGAGGUAGCUUCAAAUCUGUUCUGCUCAGAUGGAGAAGGAGCGUUUACCAACUAAUUUGGAAGCAUCUUCUCAUAUACGCAUUAACGUACAUAUUGCUGAGCAUUUUGUAUCAAUUCGUCCUUAAUGAAGAUGGAAAAAAGAAUUUUAGAGUAUUAGCUGAACAUUGCUCCGGCUACUCUCGUAGCAUCAAUUUGAUGAUCAUGUUGGGUUUUUUCACAUCGACUACUAUGCAACGUCUAUUCACUAUGCAAAUUACGAUACCUGGAAUAGCCAAGUCUAUCACAAUGUUUAUCUUAUCUUUGAAACCAGGUUUACCUGAAGGACCUAUUAUCAUAGAGAAAUAUUCCAGAUGGCAAGUCCUAACGUGGGUUCUAACUUUUCGGCUCGUUUGUAAACCCCUGCGGACAAUUUAUCCAGAUCUUAUGUCUUUACAAAAUGCAGGUGAGAUGAAAAUUUCGUUUCCUGUUUUCUUUUACAGCAGCGAAACGGUGAAAAUUGUUUCGUUCAAACUAUAUUUUUACUUUAAUAAACGAGGAUUACUAACACAAGAAGAGAGAGAGGUCAUGGAAAACCCAGAACUUACCAGCAAUACCACACCUCAUCCUCUCAUUGUUGUUGAUUGGAUACUGUUACUGCUGAAGGAAACUUUCUUAAAAAGUAGAUACUUUUCUGAAAUCAAUCACCUUAAGAACGUAGAGAUAAUCAUGGCCUUUAAGAAGAGCUGCGGAAAUACCAUCAAAUUUGCCACCCAGAACAUUUCGCCUGCUCUCAUUCAGGCUGUCAUCCUGGCGGUUUACGGUUUUGGUUGCAUAACUUUAAUGGCUCGAAAUUUCAGCAAAGAAGAUGCACCCAUUUCUGACGCUGUAGUUGCCUAUAUACCUCUCAUGCCCGGGCUACAGUUCUUUGUUUACUUUGCUUGGCUCUGUUUUGGGAGAGCUGCGGUUGAUCCCUUCGGGGAUGACGAGGACGACAUAAACGUGAAACAGCUAGUGCAGUCACACAUCGAGGAUUCAAUGCGGUUAAGGGAUCUUUACAGUCGACAACUGACGGAUGUUUUCCCAAAACUGGUAAGGCAAUCAUUUUCAGUUUCUGUUUACUGUUUCCUUCAUUGAAAAUCCCUAUCCCGGAAAACAGGAAGCUCCCAUCGAACUGUGAAGUCGAUCGGAUUAUCUGACUAUGAACAAACACGCAUCUCAUGCGGGCAAUGUAACACGUAGUGUCACAGUGCCCUCAUGAGACAAGCCGGUUCCAGAACAGUGCCUUUCCACAGCACAUUAUUUUCGUCUCCUUCGCUGCAAUGUAGAAAUACCAGGAGCGACUAAGCACUCUCCAACUCGCCAGAAGGAUUUCCUUGCGUGCUAGUUGUCUGGUGAUUUAUUUCUCGUUUGUCUUUUUAAUCCACACGUGAUACUUUUUCCUUUACACACUGUAUAUAAGCGUAUAAUGCCACUCCUAACUGGUUUAUCUACUACACCAAAGUUUCCCGCUACUUUAUGGGUUUUCAGAUCUAAAAUUGCUGCAUUAAAGAAGUGCAAUAAGAAAAAGAAUGAAUAACUAUAA